GCGGCGAGUUGCGGCCGCGCAGCGUGGAGGCGACAAUGGCCGCGGUCGCCUAGCGACCCCCUCGCUCGCCCUGCCCCGGAGCGCGGCCGGGAGCACUGGCGCGGGGAAGGGAGAGGAACGGAGCGGCGAGGCCAGCGGAGGGAGCGUCUCCCUUGCGGUCGGGUGCGGGUUGCGCUUUCCCGAGAGGGCCCCUCCGGCCGGCCUGCCUGGAACCUUUUCCUCCGGUCCCCACCUGCCCCGUCUCCCUUUCACGAGAACCCUGCGAGGAGGUUAACUUUGCGCAAUGGCACAAACCCUCGAUUUGGUGCCUUGGCCUCAAGACGCUUCACCCACCUAUGCUUCCCCAGCGAUUCUAAUCCCAUUGGAGCCCAGGAAAAACAUGUUGGCCGGAGUGAAGCACAACCUCUAUCACCCACUCUUGCCAUCACUACGACGAAUGGAUAUGGACACUGUCUCCCACAGGCUCACAGAUGAACACUCUAGGACAGUAACUGCCUGCUCCAAAGAGGAUUUUGACAAUGCAACGUUCACCCUGGCUGGAGUGCCCAACCAGCGCCUCCCAUCCCUGGGGAUGACAAAAUUGGGCAGAACGCUGACUGAGAAGUACAGAGCAGGAAAGAUGGCACCUCUCAUGCCCAGCACAAACCAGGAAGAGUGGCCCAGCUAUACACGGGCCAUGUCUGACUGGUCCCGCUUCGUUUCCACUGCUGGCGAAUUCAAACUACCCAGUUUUCACAAAAGAGUUCUUGGAUUCAGCUGUUAUGCUGUGAGAUACUUAAAACCUGAUGUCACCCAGACAUGGAGGUACUGCCUCAAUCAGAAUCCCAGCCUGGGUAUGCACGGACCAAAGCCCGUCCCUUACAACACCGUGAAUACUUUCAGGAGUUUCGGAUCGGCACACAGCCGUUCCCACUACCUCCAGCCCUGGCGCUAGGAAAGAGGAAAGGGCAUUUCCAGAGCCAAGUGAAUCUUCUUCUGCAGCUUCUGAACACCCACCCUCCAAAAUAAAGUGUAUUAGCUGCCCCAGCAGAGGAAGGUGCAGACAAGUCCACUAAAAUGGGCGUUAAAAGAAGGGGGGGGGUGUAAGAGAAGACAUGGUUUCUGUGACCAUCUGCAAUUUUGUGCGGAGGCAGGCUGUGUUAAUGCUGAAACAGGCAGCCAAGAAGCCAAUGCCAAUGCCACCUCAGUUGACAUGCUGGUCUCUGUGUGGCAAAGAGCAGAAUCUUGCAUAAACAUCAAGUUUUGUCCUGCCAAUGACAGCUUCUCCCCUUUGCCAUGUUUAGCGUGUGGCAGCCAUUUUGACCUGAGCUAGUCCUUACUGGCAGAGUUUCUUCCCCCUCCCCAGGGGCUUCUGUUUCCUGGCCAUGCUUACAUAUGACAAAGGAAACGGGUCACAGUCGGGAUAAUUUGCCCCCUACUCCUUCAGAAGGUAUCAGGUUGGGGAUCCUUGCAUGUGCUGAGGAUAAAGGAAGUGUGUGCUACAGAACAGCACUUGCACGAUCAUAGGAUUUUGAGAAAGAUAAAGCCAGCUUGGGUGUGUUAAGCUCUGCCCCCUUACCUCGCCUGCCGUCCUCUAAGCAGAGUUAAACAUGUUUUUGUGGACAGACAGACGAUAAAAGUUACCCAACGAUACAUUUGCAUUUGCUAGAUGAACUAGCAACAUUCUUUGUAGAGAGCAAUCCCAGGGCAUCUUUCAGCUUAAGUAUCAAGCCAUUGAGAAUGUAUGUUCUUAUUCUCAUUCUGGCUUCAAACUGGACCAGACAGCAGUUAAGAUCCACUGAUUUUGUAAUAUCCCGAGAUAAAGAGCUCCCCCAGAAAGAAAUAUAAGGGCAACCCCGCCCCCCCCCCCCACAAAUGUUUGGAGCUGGGAUGCAACCAAAUGUUGCCUCUGCUGAUAGCAUCCUUCCUUGAGCAGAAUCCUUGCUUGCCCCAAAGGCAAGCUAUGUCUUUGCUUGUGUCUACUAUCCCUGCAUUUUCCCCAUAAUGCUUAAUUCUGUGCUUGUAUUUUUUUUCCUUUUAAAUAUUUUACACGGAAAUGUUUGCUGUUAUUCUGGGCUUACUGAUAUUCCCUCUCUCUCACAUACACACACCCACCCAUCCCUGCUUCUUGAGCAUUAAACUCUGCUGUGUUCUAGUGGCCUUCCGGAGGAAGAAUGGCCCAAGGGCAUUCCACACCACAGAUCUCAUUCCUCUCCUCUGCUUAACUCAAGACCCAACAUGGCAGAGUGGUUAGUGUUGGAGCAAGAUCUGGAUUUCAUCCGAGCUGAAAUCCCCUCUCUGCUAUAGCAAUUUGCUGGGUGACCUUGGGCCAGUCACACCCUUUCAGCCUAAUCUACCUCACGAGGUCGUUGUGAGGAUAUAAUGGAGAACGACGUGAGCUGCUUUUGGUCCCCAUUGGGAAGAAAGGCAGGGUUAAAUAAAAAUAAGUCAACUGCCUCUUGUAAAACUCAGUUGGAGUUCCUCUCUGCCUGCCAAAGAUUGGGAAAUUAGAGGCAGCCACUGAAGUGUAAGAAGUAGGGAUAUGUGGAUUCUUGGUGUGAGUUGGCUAACUCAUCGUUUCAAGAAUGUGUAUAAAAGUAGGGAAGAAACAGACCCCACCACCCUGCCCCUGAUCAGUGUGCAAGUGGUGGGUAUAUUGGGUUAGAUAAAAUGGAGUGAUGGGGUAAGAUCUUGUCUAUCAGGCAGAACUGGCUGCCUGCAGAGCCCUCAAUUUUUUUGGCUCUUCCAAGGAAAACUCAGGGAAGUUGCCUGGCCCUUUGUUUCCUCCCUGUGGCAGAGCCUACCUAUCUGCCUCUAGGAUAAAUGUGUGCCAUCACUGUAUAGCUACGUUUUUUCUUACGCCGUAUGUCAUCUGUACGGUCUCAUUAGUUGUGAAAGAAUACUUGUUUCUGAAAUGUCAAAGACAGAGUUAACAAGGGGCUUUGGAGCCUCUGAUAAAGUAUACCU